AUGGCUACUGAGGAAGGUGUUCAUGAAAGUUCUGUUGGUACUUCAACUGUUGCUCCUGCAAAUGCUCCAAUUGUGAUUGAUCACAAUCAUCCAUUGUAUCUACAGCCUUGUGAUUCUCCAGGCAGCACUCUAGUUUCCAUACAACUAUCUGGAUCUGAAAAUUAUGCUUUACGGAGUCGUUAUAUGAAAAUUGACCUCUUAGGAAAAUGUAAAUUGGGGUUUGUUGAUGGUAAAUGUUCUAAGGAUAAGUUUCCCCCUUCCCUUCAUGAGUCGUGGGAACGAUGUAAUGACAUUAUUCUCUCGUGGAUUAUGAACUCAGUGAGCAAAGAGCUCUUAAGUGGAGUGGUGUAUGCAUGUAAUGCUCAAAAAGUUUGGAAGGAUCUGCAGGAACGGUUUGACAAAGUGGAUGGAUCCAGAAUUUUCUAUCUUCAUAAAGAGAUUGCUACUUUGGCUUAG